AUGACAUCGAAAGGUUCAGAGGCUUCGGCCUCUGAAUCCGACCAGGACGGUUUAUUAUCAUGGGACAUCAACGACUGCUUGAUAGAUUUAGAAAAAGAACUAGCUAUUAUAACGGAACAAGCACCGGAAGGAGAAGAAGCUAGAUACGGUGAAAGAUUGAUACAAUACGCCUCAGAAAAUUUAGUAACGGAAGUCCUCAUCCAUCCGGCAGUUAGCACCUUAGCUCAAUGCAUCAGAAAUCUUCUAAGCAGCUUCACCAGACACAGACACAUCAUUCAUGCUGGAUACACUUUCGCCGCAAAUGGUUCUUGGAUUUUACAAGAUGGUACGUUCUCUUUAGUAGAUUUUUCCGAAGCCUUCCAAGAGAUUGAAGUUCAAAGAGUUAUCCGAGCUUAUGAAAACAGUAUAAGCGUGGACGUUCAUUGCGCCGCUGAAGGCGAUUGGAUCAAACUGCCCAAAGAAUCAUUCUCCAAGCACUGUAAAGUUCGUUUAAAUCCAGUUGAUGUGCUGACAUCCGGAAGCCCUUCAAUCAACAACUUCCUAAAUUACCUCUCUCCAUUCUUAGUACCUGCCGAUGUUGAAUCUUUAUUAGAAUGUUCAGACGUUGUCGGAAACAUCAGAUUUUCGCAUCCAACCUUGUACAUUUUUCCUGGAGGACAAGGAGACGCCGCACUUUUUGGAAUAAAUGGUUUCAACAUGUUGCUUGAUGGAGGUUUUUCGCGGAAAGCUUGCUUUUGGGAUUUCGUUAGACAUUUAGACCGAUUAGAUGCGGUUCUUAUGACAAGACUUAAUAAUGGAAAUAUCUCCGGAUUGAGCGCCGUUCUUAAAAGAAAAAUGCAAAACGCUUUGUAUCCGCAAAUAGGGCACUUCUUUUGCAACGUACAGGAAAGAAAGUCGCUUUUAAGCCCGGAUGGGGAUAAAGAUAAAGAUCCUCUUUUAAUAAAUCUCCUCGAUGAAGGUCAAGACAUCAUUACCAACUUGAAAAAGUUAAAUCUUUCACCGCAGGUGUGUUAUAGAGACUCUGAGCCGAUUAAUCUUUAUCAUAAAGUGGGACAUGGUACUUUAGAUAUGUACGUUUUGAGUCCUUCGAGGGAUUCUAAGGAAGUUAAAGAGUUUCUUUAUAAAUGGAAUGGUAAUGAUCAAAAGUUGUUUGCGACGAUUCAUAAAUCGAGUAGUAAAGAGUUUCAAUUUCCUCUGCAAAAUCUUGUUUCAAUUUGUUGUUUACUCGUUUGGCAGCCAGCUAAUCCGGAGGAUAAUAUCACGAGGAUUCUUUAUCCGGGAUCGAGUCCUCAACAUAAAAUCUUUGAGGGUUUGGAUAAGCUAAAAACUUUGGAGUACAUCAAACAUCCGGUUUGCAGCGAAACUAAGCUCGUUUCAAGUUCCUCGAUAAUUGGGUUAAAAGGAAAACAGUUAAAAGAUUCUUCGUUGGAAAAGAUUAUUCAAGAACCGAAGAAGAUUGAAAAACCCAAAGAAAAAUUGAAACAAAAAAUCGAAAAUAAAGAUGAAAUUAAUGGAACCAUCUCGGAAGAAGAUAAAACCGUUAAGAAAUCCGAUUCGACCGACAGCGAUAAGAGUCAGAAAGUUGAGAAGAAGAAGCCUGAUGAUAAACCAACGAAACCGAAACGUGAAGAAAAGCCAAAACCGAAACCCAAAGAAAAACCGAGUGAAAAAAGAAAACAACCAAUAAAUAUGAGUGAGAAGAAAACAUCUCCUACCACGCCGAAAAAAUCCAUCGAAACGAAACUUAAUGGUGAUGCAAAAUUAAAACCGAAAAUAUCUCCAAGCGCAACCCCAGCGAAAAGUGCUAAAGAAGCAACGAAUCGUAAAGUGAUAGAGUCCAAAAAGCAAGCCAAAAAAGAUACUCCAAAACCAAAAGAAGCUGAAAAACCAAAAGAUUCAAAACCAGAAAGAAAGCCGAUUUCAAGACGACCAAAAGCUGCGUCUCCAAAUGCUCGUCAAGUUGGUAGUCCUCAAAAGAAAAUUAAUGGGGUGCAAAAACCAGAUAGUAUAAUAAAAAAGGCUAAAUUAGAUAAAGAAGGUACUACAGAUUCAAGCACUGUUAGUACACCAUCAGCUGAUCAAGUUAAAGAUUUAACAAAAUUAACCCCCGAAGAAAUAGAACAAUUAAAAGCACAAGAACUUGCCGACUUAAAAGAGGAACAAGAAGUUGUAAAAGAAAUUGAGGCAGUUUUUCGAAAAAGUGAAGGCGAAGAAGAUAACGACACCGAAUUAAGAAAAAUUAAAGAUAUCUCAAUUGAUGAUAAAACAGAACCCGAAGAAUAUCUCAUCAUUGAGAAAGAAGAAGUCGAUUCUUUAGAAAUUAAAGAAGAUGAAACUCAAAAACACGCGAGGGAUAGCGAAGAAUCCGAAAAGCAGAGGAGAUUAAGUGAUGAAGAAAUAAAAGAGAAAGUUGAUGAGGAAAAAAUUAAUAUUGAUGAAGUUGAAAUUAAGAUUGAAAAGGAGAAAAUUGAGGAAGAAAUUAAAGAUGAGGAAAUAAAAGCGAAAAAAUCUGAUGAAAUCGAAGAAAAAAAAGAAGAUACUUUAAAAGAAGGUUCGAUAACGAGUCCGGAAAAAAUUCCUGACGUUGACCAAGAACAAAACGUUGCAUUAGAAUCACAACCCGACGAAAAAUUCUCAACAACAAUUGAAUCUGGCGCCACAACGGCCCCCACACUUCCCGAAGACGAACGAAUCCCAUUGGACGAAAUCAAAGAAGACGAUCAAAUCGAAGAAAAACACGUCAAAGAAGACACGAAAGAAAAAGAUGUCCCGAUCAUCGAAUUACCACCAAAAUCAACCGACAUCGAAGGAUCCCCAAAAAUCCCCCCAACAAUCGGUGGAAUCAAAUUAGAUAAACAAAUAAUAAGAGACAUUGUUAAAACUCCCGAUGAAGUCGCCGAUCUUCCAGUACACGAAGAAGCCGAUAUCGACCAAUACCCAGAUGUUAUGAAAACUAGCUUAAAUGAUAACGAUAAAAAGAAAUUGGGGGAAAUUUCAACGGCUAAAGAUGUUUCUAAAAACGAAGUUGAGUUUCAAAAAUUAGUCGAUAGAGAGGAAGAUGAAAAUAAGUUAAGCGAUGAGAUUAAAGAAAUUAAAGAUAAGGUUCGUGAAAGUAAUUUGAAAGAGUUGGAUGGGAUUUUAAAAGAUUCUGAUGGAUUGAAAGAUGCGCAAGAAAUAGUUAAGGAUAAAGAAGGGGGGAAAGAAUUGGAUGAUGAAUCUAAAGAAGAAGAUGAGUUAAAAGAUGAAAUUAAUGAAAAGGAUAAAAUCGAUUUAAUUAAAGAAAGUGUAAAAGAAGAUGACAAAGAAAUUGUCAAAAAGGAUGUUAAAGAAGAUGAUGCAAAAGAUGCUAAAGAAGUGGUGGAAGAAAUUAGUAAAGAUGAUGUUAAAAUUGAUGCUAAAGAAAGUGAGAUUGAAAUUUCCAAAGAAGAUGGUAAAAAAAUUGGCGAAGGUGAUGUCAAAAUUGAUGCAAAAGAUGAUACCAAAAAAGAAAUUGAUGUUAAAGACGAUGAAACUAAAGUUACCAAAGAAGAAAUCAGCAAAGAUGAUGUCAAAAAGGAUGCCCAAGAAGAUGAAACAGAAAUUACCAAAGAAGAUACCAAAAAAGAUAUCGUGGAAGGGGUCAAAAUUGAUGUUAAAGAAGACGAAACAGAAAUUAUUAAAGAAGAUGGCAAAGAAAUUAGCAAAGAUGACGUCGAAAAAGAAGUCAGCGAUGUCAAAAUGGAUGCUAAACAAGAUGAGAUUGAAAUUACCAAAGAAGAUGACCUCAAAAAGGAUAUAGACGAUGUUAAAAAGGAUGUUAAAGAAGAUGAGGCAGAAAUUAUUAAAGAAGAUGAUGUCAAAAGAGAUGUUAAACAAGAUGAGACAGAAAUUAUUAAAGAAGAUGACAAACAAAUUAGCAAAGAUGAAGUUAAAACAGAUGAGAAAGAAGAUGAGACAGAAAUAACCAAAGAAGAUACCAAAAAAGAUAUCGUAGAAGAUGUCAAAAUUGUUGCUAAAGAUGCUGUGGCGGAAAUUUCCAAAGAAGAUACCAAAAAAGAUGUCGUAGAAGAUGUGAAAGUUGCUGCUAAAGAUGCUGUGACAGACAUUACCAAAGAAGACAUCAAAAUUGAUGCUAAAGAACUUGCGAUGGAAGUUACCAAAGAAGAUACCAAAAAAGAUCUCACGGAAGAUGUUAAAAUUGAUGCUAAAGAUGUUGCGAUGGAAGCUACCAAAGACGAUACCAAAAAAGAUCUCACGGAAGAUGUUAAAAUUGAUGCUAAAGAAGUUGUGAUGGAAGUUACCAAAGAAGACACUAAAAAAGAUCUCACUGGAGAUGUUAAAAUUGAUGCUAAAGAAGUUGCGAUGGAAAUUACCAAAGAAGAUACCAAAAAAGAUCUCACUGGAGAUGUUAAAAUUGAUGCUAAAGAAGUUGCGAUGGAAAUUGCCGCAGAAGAUACCAAAAACGAAAUGUUAGAUGAUGUCAAAAUUGAUGCUAAAGAAGAUACGGCAAAAAUUAUCAAAGAAGAUGACAUAAAAAUUAGUAAAGGUGAUGUUAAAAUCGAUGCCAAAGAAGAUAAACCGGAAGUUAUCAAAGAAGAUGUUAAAAAAGACAUCAUGGGCGAUGUCAAAAUAGAUGCUAAAGAAGAUGUGACAGAAAUUACGAAAGAGGAUGGCAAAGAAAUGAGUAAAGGUGAUGCUAAAGAAGAUACUAUCCAAGAAGAUAUGAAAAAAGAUGUCGCGAGCGAAGUCAAAAUAGAUGUUAAAGAAAGUGCAACUGAAAUUAUUAAAGAAGAUAGCAAAGAAAUUAGCAAAGAUGAUAUCAAAGUGGAUGCCAAGGAAGUUGUGGCAGAAGUUAGCAAAGAAGAUGUUAAAAAAGAUGUCAAAGACGAUGUUAAAAUCGAUACAAAAAAAUAUGAGUCAGAAAUUAUCAAAGAAGAGGAGAAAGUAAUUAGUAAAGAUGAUGUCAAAGUAGAUGCCAAGGAAGUUGUGGCAGAUAUUAGUAAAGAAGAUGUUAAAAAGGAUGUCAAAGAUGAUGUUAAAAUCGAUGCAAAAAAAGAUGAGCCAGAAAUUAGUAAGGAAGACGAGAAAGUUAUUAGUAAAGAUGAUGUCAAAGUAGAUACCAAGGAAAUUGUGACAGAUAUUAGUAAAGAAGAUGUUAAAAAGGAUGUCAAAGACGAUGUUAAAAUCGAUGCAAAAAAAGAUGAGUCAGAAAUUAGCAAAGAAGACGAGAAAGUUAUUAGUAAAGAUGAUGUCAAAGUAGAUGCCAAGGAAGUUGUGACAGAUAUUAGUAAAGAAGAUGUUAAAAAGGAUGUCAAAGACGAUGUUAAAAUCGAUGCAAAAAAAGAUGAGUUAGAAAUUAGCAAAGAAGAUGACAAAGUAACUAGUAAAGAUGAUGUUAAAAUGGAUGCUAAAAAAGUUGAGGCAGAAACUAGUAAAGAAGACGACAAAGCAACUAGUAAAGAAGAUGUUAAAAAGGAUGUCGAAGACGAUGUCAAAAUCGAUACAAGAAAAGAUGAGUUAGAAAUUAGCAAAGAAGAUGAAAAAGUAACUAGUAAAGAUGAUGUUAAAAUGGAUGCUAAAAAAGUUGAGGCAGAAACUAGUAAAGAAGACGACAAAGCAACUAGUAAAGAAGAUGUUAAAAAGGAUGUCGAAGACGAUGUCAAAAUCGAUACAAGAAAAGAUGAGUUAGAAAUUAGCAAAGAAGAUGAAAAAGUAACUAGUAAAGAUGAUGUUAAAAUGGAUGCUAAAAAAGUUGAGGCAGAAACUAGCAAAGAUGAUGUCAAAGUUGAUGCUGAAGUAGUUGAAACAGAAAUUACUAAAGUAGAUGUCAAAAAAGAUGAGACAGAAAUUAGCAAGAAAGAUGAUAAAGUAAUUAGCAAAGAAGAUGUUAAACCCGAUACCAAGGAUGAUGUUAAAGAAGAUGUAAAAAAAGAUGAUGACAUAAAAGAUGAUGACAAAAUAGAUGCCAAAGCAGUUGUUGCAGAAAUUAGUAAAGAGAAUGAUGAAAAAAUUAGCAAAGAUGAUGGUAAAGUUGAUAUCAAAGAGGAUAGCACAGAAAUUAGCGAAGUUGCCAAAGAUGAUAUCAAAGACGAUGGCAAAAAGGAUGUGAAAGAAGAUGACAAAAAUAUUGCUAAAGGACAUGUCAAAAAGGACGUAAGUGAAGAUGACACUGUAAUUGGUAAAGAAGAUGUCAAAUUGGAUACCAAAGACGAUGUUAAAAAAGAUGUGAAGGAAGAUGACAAAGAAAUUAGUAAAGAAGACGUUAAAAAGGAUAUUAAAGACGAUGUUAAAAAAGAUGAAAAGGAUGAUGGCAAAGAAAUUAGUAAAGAAGAGAUUACAAAAGAGACCGUAGAAAUUAUUAAAGAAGAUGUUAAAAAAGAUGGCAAAGAUGAUGACAUAGAAAUUACCAAAGAAGAUGUCAAAAAGGAUAUUAAAGAUGAUGUUAAAGUGGAUGAUAAAAAAGAUGCGACAGAAGUUAGCAAAGAAGAUGUGAAAGUAGAUGCUAAAGAAAGUGAGGCAGAAAUUAUCGCAGAUGAUGUUAAAAAGGAUAUCAAAGAUGAUGUUAAAGUGGAAUCCAAAACAGAUGUCACAGAAGUUAGUAAAGAAGAUGUUAAAAUAGAUGCUAAAGAAAGUAAGACAGAAAUUAUGAAAGAUGAUGUGAAAAAGGAAAUCAAAGAUGAUGUUAAAGUGGACGCCAAGAAAGAUGCAACAGAAGUUAGCAAAGAAGAUGUGAAAGCAGAUAUCAUGAGUGAUGUCAAAAUAGAUGCUAAAGAAAGUAAGACAGAAAUUAUCAAAGAUGAUGCCAAAAAGGAUAUCAAAGAUGAUGUUAAAGUUGAUACCAAAAAAGAUGCGACAGAAGUUAGCAAAGAAGAUGUCAAAGCAGAUAUCAUGGACGAUGUCAAAAUAGAUGCUAAAGAAAGUGGGACAGAAAUUAUCAAAGAUGAUGUUAAAAUGGAUGCCAAAAAAGAUGCGACAGAAGUUAGCAAAGAAGAUGUUAAAGAAAGUGAGAAUAAAAUGGUCAAAAUAGAUGCUAAAAAAGAUAUAGCAGAAAUUAGUAAAGAAGAUAUCAAAAAAGAUGUCAAAAUUGAUGCUAAAGAAAUUAGCAAAGAAGAUGUCAAAAUAGAUUCCAAAGGAGGCGAGGAAGGAAUUAUCAAAGAAGAUGACAAAAAGGACGAAAAAAAAGAUGAUCAAGAAAUUAAAAAGGAAGAUACUAUAAAGGAGGUCAAAGAAGACGAUAAAGAAGAAAAAUUAGAAGUUAAAGAUAAGAUUGUACAAGAAGAUAAACUUCCAAAAGAUAAAAUAAGCGAUGCUAAAGAAGAAAUGAAAGAAUCAGUGAGCAAAGACAUCAAAGAUGAUGUUAAGGCAGAUCUUAAAACAGAAAUUGAAGAAAAAGUAGACACCAAAACUGAGAUUGAAAAACCAAAAGAUAUCGAAGAUAAAGAAGAAAUUAAAGAAGCCGUUAAAGAUAUUAAAGAUCAAAUAAACGAUGAUAUUAAAGACGUAAAAGAUGAAGUUAAUGAGGUGAUUAAAGAUGCCAAAGAAAUUAAAGAAAAAGUUGAUGAGAAGAAAGAUGAUGAAAAAGUUGUUGUUGAUGAUCGUGGUCCAACUCCUCCAAAAGAUGAGUCUAAAGAAGAAAAAGAGAAAAUGAUGGUGUCAGAAAAUGAUGCAAAAUCAGAACCUUCAAAAGAUGGUUCAAUGGACUCUACUGAAGAUGUUAAGCAAGAUGCAAAAGAAGUUAAAAUUGAAAAAUUAGAAUUUGAAAAAAUUGAUUCUAAAGAUGUCCAAAAAAAGCCUGAAAUGUCUUCUGAACAAACUGUUCAAACGUACUGGGAAGCUGAAAUAAUUGAUAAAAUUGAUUUAGGAAGGAAAUCCCUCAAAGAACGGGAAGAUGUCGCGAAAAUAGUCGCAAGCGUAGCUGAGGUGCUAAAAUCUGAUGCUCCAUUAGAAGAAUUUGAAGGUAAAAUUCCAUUAAAUAUAACACCAUUUCCUCAAUACACCACUUCUUACACCACAGAAUUAAGAGAAACCCACAUCACAACGUUAGAUUCCCCAGUUGCAGAAUCAAAAAUAAUCAAAGAAGUUAUCCAUGAAGUCGACGAGGAGAGAAGAGAUUCAAAAGCUUCUGAUUUAAUUAAAGAAUCCCAAGAAUUAAUGGCAGCCACUUCACGGAUGAUCAAAGAUAUUAAAACUAAAAGUGAUGACUUAGAGAGUGCUUCUGAUUCUGGAACUGUUCAUAGAAUGUUGGUUACUGCUUCCAGUGAAGAUGGAGGUGAAGAAAUCGAAAUUUGCCCGAAAGGAUCGAUCACCUUCUCGAAAAGCUCCGAGAGUUCCGGAAAAUCAACUCCCGAAAUCAAAAUAUCUGAUUAUGAAAAAUCAGAAAUCGAAGUUAGCGAGAAAAAAAUUAUGAAAUCAGAACAAUCAAGAAUAUCUCCAGACAAAUCAGAAAAAUCAAGUCCGGAAGAUAAAGAGAAAUCGCCAUCACCAGAUUCUGGUUUAACAGAAACAACUAAAGAUAAAAAAUCAGAACCGGAAAGUAAAGAAAUUGCUGAUUCUGGAAGAUCAACCCCAGAAAUAGACGAUGCUAAAAGUUUGGCAACGUUAGAAGCUCCCCAUAUAAAAGCAGCUUCAGAUUCAGGGAGAUCCACCCCUGACACAAAAAGCUUAGAAGAAACCAAGCAAAUCGAUGAAGAAAUAAAACCAUCAACUCAAGUUUUGCCCCAAGACCACGAAAAAAUGCGAGGCUCAAUUACCGAAAUAUCAGAAACUUUAACUUCAAUAACCGAAUUAAGAGAUAAAUCUUCGAGCAAAUCCGAUUCAUCUUGCGAAAAAAUUUCCGAUCAAUUUGAAAAGUCGGGAAAAUCAACACCAGAUGUGACCCAAUCGAUAAUGUCUGGAAAAUCAACCCCCGAUAUGAAAACGGAAGACUCGAAGUGUUCAACUCCCGAUUUGAAAGAGUUUGUAAGUUCUGGACAAUCGUUAAAAGACGAACUGAAAGAGGCAGGCGAACGAAAGGAUUCGUUCUCGACGAAAUCAGACGAAAUCCCACCUUCUUAUGAUUCUUGUCAAAUCAAAGAUAAAGGAGAUGAGAAAACUGAAAAGACUGAUGAGGUUAAACAAACCGAAGAUACGAUUGAAAAGUCUGAGAGUGAUUUGAAGGAGGACCAAAAUGAAAAGUUACUUUUGAAAGAUAAAGAGGAUAAUAUUCUUAAACCAAUAAAAGAUGAGUUGCAAAAAGAUAAAUUACAAGAAGAUGAAAAAAUUAGAACACCAUCUCCUAGCUUGCAAGAAGAUGAUUUAGAGAGGAAAUCGUCGAUUUGUGGGAAGAUUGAGGAAAGAAAAACAUCUAUAGUUGAAAAAAGUGAUGAAUUAAUUUGUGGCAAGGAGGAUAAAAAGGAAGAAAAGCUACCUAAAGAUUCUUUGGGUGACACAAAAGAAAUUUCCAUUGGCGAAUUGAAAGAUGAGAAGUCAAGGAGCCCAUCUCCUGGUUUGCAGAAAGAUGGGAGUCCAGAAAAAAAAGAUUCCAUAAUUGAACCAAGACUUUCGAAAGAUGGAAUAUCAGAAAAGAUUGCCGAGAAAAGAUUGUCCAUAAGUGAAGAGAAGUCAAGAAGUCCAUCUCCUGGUUUCCAGAAAGAGGGGAUUCCAGAUAAAAAAGAUUCUAUAGUUGAGACGAAAGAUGAAGAAAUGUCGAAAAGUCCAUCUCCUGGAUUACAGGAAGAUGGAAUGCCUGAAAAGAUGGAAAUUGGCGAAAAAAGAUUAUCUAUAACUGAUGAGAAAUUAAGAAGUCCAUCUCCUGGUUACCAAAAAGAUGGGAGUCCAGAUAAAAGAGACUCUGAGAUGAAAGAUGAAGUAUCAACAAGUUCAUCUGUUGGAUUACAAAAAGAGGGAGUACCAGAAAAGACUGAAAGUGAUGAAAAGUCAAAAAGCCCAUCUCCUGGUCUCCAGAAAGAUGAACCAAUACUUUCCAGUGGUGAGGUGAAAGAUGAAGUUUCAAGAAGUUCAUUACAAAAAGAUGGAAUGCCGGAAAAGAUAGAAAUUGCCGAGAAAAGAUUGUCCAUAAGUGACGAAAAGGAAAAAAGUUCAUCUCCUGGUCUCCAGAAAGAUGAACCAAUACUUUCCAGUGGUGAGGUGAAAGAUGAAGUUUCAAGAAGUUCAUUACAAAAAGAUGGAAUACCGGAAAAGAUAGAAAUUGCUGAGAAAAGAUUGUCCAAAAGUGACGAAAAGGAAAAAACUCCAUCUCCUGGUUUGCAAAAAGAUGGGAGUACAGAAAGGAAAGAUUCCAUAACUGAACCAAGACGUUCCAGUGGUGAUGAAGUGUCGAAAAGUUCAUCUCCGGGAUUGCAAAAAGAUGAAAUACCAGAAAUUGCUGAAAAAAGAUUGUCCAUAAGUGACGAAAAGACAAAAAGUUCAUCUUCUUGUUUGCAAACAGAUGAGAGUUCAGAAAAAAAAGAUUCCAUAACUGAACCAAGACGUUCCAGUGGUGAUGAAGUGUCGAAAAGUUCAUCUCCGGGAUUGCAAAAAGAUGAAAUACCAGAGAUUGUUGAAAAAAGAUUGUCUAUAAGUGACGAAAAGGCAAAAAGUUCAUCUCCUGGUUUGCAAAAAGAUGGGAGUCCAGAAAGGAAAGAUUCCAUAUCUGGAAAAACACUUUCUAUUUCAGAGGCGAAAGAUGAAAAAGUGGAAAUUAGCGAAAAAAGAUUGUCCAUAAGUGAUGAAAAGGCAAUAAGUUCAUCUCCUGGUUUGCAAAAAGAUGGGAGUCCAGAAAGGAAAGAUUCCAUAUCUGGAAAAACACUUUCUAUUUCAGAGGCGAAAGAUGAACAAGUGGAAAUUAGCGAAAAAAGAUUGUCCAUAAGUGAUGAAAAGGCAAUAAGUUCAUCUCUUGGUUUGCAAAAAGAUGGGAGUCCAGAAAGGAAAGAUUCCAUAAUUGGAACAACACUUUCUGUUUCAGAGGCGAAAGAUGAAAAAGUGGAAAUUAGCGAAAAAAGAUUGUCCAUAAGUGAUGAAAAGUCACAAACUCCAUCUCCAGGUUUGCAGAAAGAUGGAACACCAGAAAGGAAACUUUCCAUCAUCGAAUUACAAAAAGAUGCAAUCGGAAAAAUAGAUGAGAAACGUCUUUCUAUAAGUGACGAUAAACCAAGAGGUUUCCAAAAAGAUGAAAUGGCUGAAGAAAAAUCAAAAACCCCUUCACCACCUAUCCCUAAAUCGGAUCUUUCCAUCUCUGAAGAAAAAUGUAUUCUCAAAGAAGGAAAAAUUGAAGAACAAGAUAAACAAGAUGGUUCACCUGGUGUUCAACAAAGUGCAACAAUAAUUAAAGAAACAUCGCAAGUGAUAGAAGAGAAAUUAUCAACAUCAUCAUCUUCUGAAUUAAAAGAUGAAAAGUCUACAACAUCAACAGAAGAAUCUGUUUUAUCUGAAAAAAUUAAAUCAGGAAUUGAAGAUAAAGAUAUAAAGGAAAUUAAAGAUGUUAAGGAAAUUAAAGAUGUUAAAGAAAUAAAAGAUGUUAAAGAUAUUAAGGAAAUUAAAGAUAUUAAAGAACAUAAAGAUAGUUCCUCAUGUGUUGAAGUUGAUGGAAAAGAAGAAAAAUCAUUACAGGGUGGUUUAAAAGUAGAAGAGAAAUCGGAAGAAAAUAAAAAACUAGAAUCUAGUCUAAAAAGUGAUAUUAUAUCAUCCCCAGUUCCUCAAAUAACUUCAAAAGACCAACCUAAAGAAAUAAAAUCAACAAGUGCAAUCCUAAAUAUUGUUGAAGAUACAUUAAAAGAAUUAGAUGGAUUAAUUGAGAAUAAAGAAAUAAAAAUAAAAAAGGAAGAAGUUAAGAUUGAAGAAUUAAAAAUGAUUGAAACUGAAGCCAAAUCGUCUGUGAUAGUAGAAGGUAUAGGAAAGGAAGAAAAGAAGACUGAAGAAGACUCAGGUUUAAAGACUGGCUUAGAUGAUUUAAAGAAAAAAGAUCCGAUCGCUGUAACGACGGAUUUUCUAACGACUGAAAUAGCGAAAAUGCAAAAAGAGUUGGGUUACGCGGGAACUUCGAAAGAUGAAACGUUGAGUUUGAGUGGAAAAUCAACGCCGGAUAUCGCCGACGUUGAACGGAUCAAAGAAAUCCAAGAAACGUUGAAAUACGAGAAACAUAUCCCGGGUCAUUCUACGCCACCCACAGUGCCUGUUAGCCCGAUCGUUAAAGAUUUAUCACAACAGGUUGAGCAAAAACCAAUUUCAGAAGCAAAAUUUAAAGAAGAUUUAAGAAGUUCAACUCCCGGUAGUGAUGACUUCGAACAAAGCGAUUUUAGCUCGAGUCAAAUGUCCAGGGUACCAAAUUUAUUAGAAGAUAGAGAUAGCGAAGACGAAGACAUCCUAGGAUCUCCAACUUCCGUCACAUCCCAAUUGGGGCACUCCCCCCAAUACGAAUUCGAACCCGAGAAAAAGGAUCAAAUGACUUCUUCGUUUUAUGGAACUCUCCCAUCAGAUCCCACAUACAAACCCGGAAGAUUCCUAGAAGACUCCGAUUUAGACUUUGAAAAAGCUAUGCAAGAACACCGACAAGCUCGCGGAGAAGAUUUAGCCGCGACAUCUUUUGACAAACCAAAAAGUGUUAAAAAAGAGGAAAGUUUGAUGACGUCGAGUUUUAUCGGGGAAUUACCAACUCAUAAAGAAGAAGAAAAGAAAGACGAAAAGAAGAAGGAUCCCAUUGAAUCGUGGGGGAAACCCUUAGGGUUGCCGAGCCCCGCGCCUCCAUCAGACAAUAAAGGAACGCCGAAGAAAGAAAAGAAACUCCCUGCUAACGUUACAGCCAAAAACAAAUUAAACGAUGAUAAAAAACGGUCGGAAUCGCCAUCGAAGUAUGAUAAAAAGAAAAAAUUAAAUCCUAUUUAUGUUGAUUUAACUUACGUUCCUCAUCAUGGAAACUCCAAUUAUUCUUACGUUGAUUUCUUUAAACGAAUUCGUGCAAGAUAUUAUGUUUUUUCGGGUAUCGAACCGAGCAAAGAAGUUUAUAACGCUUUAUUAGAAGCGAAACAAAGUUGGGAAGAUAAAGAAUUGGAAGUAACAAUAAUUCCAACUUAUGACACUGACGUGCUUGGUUAUUGGGUGGCAGAAAACGAAGAACUCCUAACGAAAUACAAAAUUGAUUUGUCUCCAUCAGCCAGUCGUUGCACUAUCAAUUUGCAAGAUCACGAAACAUCGUGUUCGGCUUAUAGAUUGGAAUUUUAAGUGUUAAAGAAGAAAAAAUCGAGAUGAAACAACGAUCAGAAAAGAACCACAAAAACAUCAAAAAUGAAUUUAAAAAAAUAUGUUUGAGAUAAAAAUUCUAAAAGAUUAUUCCAUAAAAGAUAUCAUCCAAAAAAUUCAACGUCCUUCUUAUUAAAAAAAAAAAGAAACAAGUUUAUAAAGAAAAAAAGUUUUUAAAAAACUUUAAAACACGUCCAUUUUUUCUUUUUUAAGAACAUCCAAAGUAUACAAAAGAAAAAGUAACUUUUAAAAGGAAAUUUAAGACAAAAAAAAAUUACAGUAAACUCUUCCCACAUUUCAAAAGUAAUCUCUUCACUCUAAUAACGUAAUAAAUAAUAAGAUAAGAAGAUGAAAAAAGAAAAACAUGAUAACUUAAACGUAUAAAAAAAAAGUAGGAUAAGAAUUAGUCCUUAUAGAGUUUUUAGGAAAGGUGUGAUGAUGGAAAAACGACGAGCUUCGAGGAAACUUAGAAUUGAUGAGAUCAACUAGCAAAGAAAAAUCCUUAGGAUGAAAGAAAAAUCCAAAACGUAUUGAUCUGAUUGUUGCCAUUCGAGACAAAUUUAAAGUCGUACCGACAAUC